CUUUCUCACUUUCUGUCAUUUCUUGUUUACUUUAUUUUAAAUGUUUAGUUCGUCUCAGUUUUUAAUAAUUAUCACUGAUUAUUACCGUUCUUAGUGAUUUACUCGUCAUAAAUUUAUUAUUUGUUUGUGAAACAAUCACUGUGUAAGCCUACGUAAACAUAAAGAAUAAAAAUUAUGAGAAUAAUCAAGGGAGAUUGAUAUCACUUUUUUAUUUCAUUAUUAUCUCUUAGAAAAGGAUAAGGUACUGUUUUUUUCAGAUAGUCAAAAUGGAUGAAAUCCAGAUUUACUUCAUGCAAGUGAUACUGGCAGUUGGAAUUACAAUAGGUUCCCAAACAUUGGACUUCAAUGAUAAACAUCAGUGGACGUUAACUAUUGUGAGAUACAUAGUGUAUAUUCUCACUAUACAAGGAAGCAAAGGAUUAAGCUCAAUAGGCUAUGAUAUCAUACACAAACAAAAGAGCCUGAAUACUCGGCUGGUACAGAAUAUUAAUGGAUUACAAAUAAUAAUGUUUGUGGCUUGCACUGCCAUAUUAUUGAGCAAUAACCAAAAGUUCUUUGCUGAAGACUUCCCUUUGAUAUUCAUUGCUUGCUUGAUUGUGGAGUAUCCAGAAAUUGAAACCAAAUAUGCAAGACCCAUAAACUAUGGAGUUGGAAUGGCAUGCAACUACUAUGAAGGUUAUCUAAUGCAUGUGAUUCCUUCAGACGGUGGGAAGUAUGGAGGAUUUGUUCACAACGUUCACGCCUUCGAGUCAAGGGAGGGUAUCGUGGUACCAGUGAAGAAACUCUUCAUAGUUAUAACUAAGUCACUGUAUAGCCCGCCAGACCUCAAGCUGUUUAACAAAACUAACAGAGAAGACCUUCCUAAGCUGGAAGCCUGUACGGUGAGAAUCGGUGAUUUUUCACAGGAGCCCUUUGGGUGUGGCGCUGACGAUGGUCUGUUCCAGUCGCUGGACGACGUGGAGAAGGACAUCUCUGGCGUGAAGGACCGCAGCUACAAGAACUCGACGUACAAGAUCUACCGGCGCGGCCGCCCCGUCUGCCUCGUCGCCGAGUGCGCCACGCCGCUGCACACGCUGCACCGCGUCAUGCAGAACAUGGAGCUCUAUGAAGACUUGGCUGAAAUAAAUGUGGAAGAUGUAUGUAAUGAUUUCUGCGCCGCGUUGACAAGGAUCCUGGCUAGAAGUUCCGAGUGCAGAGACAAAGUAGAAUUAGUUUAUUAUGACGACACAGACCCGGAAUCGAACCUGGCAGAUAUUUUGUUGGACAAAAUUAAAGAACUGGAACCUAAUUUCGAACAGUUAAUUAGUACCAGAUUAUAGUUUAAGUUAUUUUAUUAAGUACAUUUCAUUUAACUGAAUGUAUAGGGUGUCUCAAUAAGAGUGCACUUUUUCAUUUCAAAAUAAUAACAAGUAUUUUAUGACAGA